AUGGCAGUUGGUACUCGUUCAAUUCUUCGCAUUGCAAAUUCAACAAUUCGAACGAAUCAUCUUGUUGGCUUACAAUCGAAAUGUUAUGCUUCAACACAAACAACAGAUUUGAAGGAAGUUCUACGUGAACUUAUUCCAAAAGAACAAAAACGUGUAGCUGCAUUUAAAGCUGAAAAUAAGGAUGUAGUAAUUGGCCAGGUCAAUGUUGAUCAAAUUUAUGGUGGUAUGCGUGAUAUUAAAGGUCUUGUGUAUGAAACAUCACUAUUAGAUGCCAAUGAAGGUAUUCGUUUUCGUGGCAAAACAAUCGACGAAUGUCGAGCUCAAUUACCAAGAGCAAAAGGUGGCGAAGAACCAUUACCUGAAGGUCUCUUUUGGUUGUUAGCUACAUCACAAAUGCCAACUCAAGAACAAGUCGACUGGGUUACUCGUGAAUGGAAUAAUCGUGCUGACAUACCUCAACAUGUUGUGACAAUGUUAAAUAAUUUUCCAGCACAACUUCAUCCAAUGUCACAACUUAGUGCUGCUGUUACUGUUCUUAAUCUUGGUUCGAAAUUUGCAAAAGCUUAUUCGGAUAAUGUACCAAAAUCUAAAUAUUGGGAGUAUACUUAUGAAGAUGCAAUGGAUUUAAUAGCUAAAUUACCAACAAUUGCUUCUAUUAUCUAUCGAAAUUUAUAUCGUGAUGGAACAGCUGUUGGUGCUAUUGAUUCAAAAAAAGAUUGGUCAUGGAAUUUUGCAACUAUGUUAGGUUAUGAUAAUAAAUAUUUUGUUGAUGUACUUCGACUUUAUUUAACAAUUCAUAGUGAUCAUGAAGGUGGUAAUGUAAGUGCACAUACAAGUCAUCUUGUUGGCAGUGCUCUCUCGGAUCCAUAUUUAUCAUUUGCUGCUGCUAUGAAUGGUCUUGCUGGGCCACUUCAUGGUCUUGCUAAUCAAGAAGUUUUAGUUUGGAUAACAAAAUUAGUUGAAAAAUUAGGUGAAACACCAACUGAUGACCAAAUAAAACAAUAUGUUCUUGAUACACUUAAAACAAGUGUUGUACCUGGUUUUGGACAUGCUGUUUUACGUAAAACUGAUCCACGCUAUACAUGUCAACGUGAUUUUGCUCUCAAGCAUUUACCGAAUGACAAUAUGUUUAAAAUUGUUUCACAACUGUUUAAAGUUGUACCACCAAUACUUGGUGAUAUUGGUAAAAUUAGAAACCCAUGGCCAAAUGUAGAUGCACAUUCUGGUGUUCUUCUUCGAUAUUAUGGUAUGAAAGAAAUGAGUUUUUAUACUGUUUUAUUUGGUGUUUCACGUGCACUUGGUGUACUUGCCCAAAUGAUAUGGUCACGAGCACUAGGAUUUCCAUUGGAACGACCCAAAUCAGAAACAACUGACAAUCUUAUGGCUUUUGUAGCUGCAAAAAAGAAAGCUGAAGCUAAUGCCACUACUCAAACAAAGGCUUAA